AUGGACGACGACGACGACUUCGAGCGCGAAGCGGCGCUCGACGCCGAGGACGCCGCCUGGGAGAACAGCGACGACGACGCGCCCGAGGAGGCACCAAACGGCUCCGACGACGACGACGACGCGCCCGAGGAGGCCGGGAACGCGCCUCGGACGGUGGACGAGGACGGCUUCUCGGACGAGGAGCCGGACGCCGCGGCGAACGCCGCGGCCGUGGAAUACGACGAGCCCGCGCGCGCGCGCCGGCGCACGGGCGCGCUGCGGCGCGUCGAGGCGGCGGCCGCGAAGCGCCGCAAGCUCGCCGAGCCGGCGGCCGACUUCGUCGAGGUCCCGGCGGAGCCCGUGGUCGCGGCGCCGCCGCCCGUCGUGGAGAGGCGGACGCGCGUCGCCGACAACAUCUUCGUCAGCGACGAGCGCGCGCACCGGAGCCUGUUCGACGCGCGGCCGAGCGCGUCGGCGCUCGCGCUCGAGCGGCUCAAGUUCGGCGCCGCGCCGCGCGAAAGUACGACGGCCCACGUCCCGUUCGCGACGCCAGCGCUGCCGGUCUCAGGGGGCCGCAAGCGCCGGCGGCCGAAGGGCAAGGCGAAGGAGGCGGCGGCGGUCGCCGAGGCGCCCAAGUACAAGGGCCGGGGCCGGCGCAAGCGCAAGGGCGGCGGAGAACCCGCGGCGAAGCCGAGCGCCGCGGCCCCAAAGCCGCGGGCGCGCCGCAAGUCCAGCGCGGAGGCCCCGGCGCGGCCGCGCCGCAAGAGCAGUGGCGGUGAGGCGCCGGCGCCGGCGCCGGCAGUGCGGCCGCGUCGCAAGAGCAGCGGUGCCGCGACGGAGGAGGCGCCCACGCGGCCGCGGCGCAAGAGCAGCGGCGAGACGCAGGAGCAACCGAAGCCUCGCGCGCGGCGCAAGAGCAGCGAAGCGCCGGUGGCGAAGACGCGCCCCCGCCGGAAGACCGCCACGUACUCCCAGGAAGACUAA